AUGGGAGAUGAUACCAAAUUCAACAUCGUGGUGUCGAAAUUGGGAAAGGAUGUGAUACAACAAAUCACAGACAUCCUUUUCUCACCUCCCGAACAAGACAAAUAUGGAGCUCUUAAGAAAAAGCUGCUGAACAUUUUUGAGGAAUCAGAAACGAGGCAGCUGCAGAAGCUCAUCAGCGAGAUGGACUUGGGAGAACAGAAACCGUCUCAGUUGUUACGCAGGAUGAAGGACCUGGCUCGGGAGAAGCUUCCGGACGAUACUCUCCGUAUUUCAUGGCAGACGCAUUUACCGCAAGCAGUCCGUGCAGUUCUGGCAGUCACGGAAACCAAGAACCUGAAUAAACUGGCCAACGUCGCAGACAAGGUAGCAGAAUCCAUCCAGCCACCUUAA